AGGUGAUCAGGUAACCAUCAGCUGAUCACACAAAUCAGAUAAAUCAGAUAAAUAUCAGUGAUGUUGGUUUGUGUUUGUGUUGAAGGUCUGGAGAGAAGAUCUCCUGUAUGGUGGAGCACGCCAGCCUGGAGAAACCAUUGAUUAUUAACUGGGUCCCUCCCAUGCCUGAAACAGAGAGACUGAUCAUCGUUGGAGCCGUAGGACUGAUCCUGGGUCUGAUCUUGUUUCUGGCUGGAGUCAUCUACAGGAGGAAGAGUGGAGAUACAUCUUUGGCUCACAGGUUCAGUGAGAAACAGGCAGAGGACUGGAGCAAAGAUGCUGCAGCUCUGAGCUUGUGGAGACCUCAGAAGGAGAAGUUCUUCAAACCCGACUCUGAGCUCUGCUUCACAAAUGUUCUGCCUAAGUCAGUGAUGCCAUUGGUCAGGCUUCACUCCAUGCCACCCUCUGGUGGUCGUCAUCCUGCCUUGGCGCUCUGCAGAGUCUACGACUUCUUCCCCAAGCAGCUCAAAACCAGGACUGAUGCUGGUUCCCAGUAGUUGUUCCUGACUGUGGACCUGGAGCUGGAUCUGCUUCUGUCUGAUAGCUGGAAGCAAAAGCAGCAGCAGCUGGCAGCUCUGUGUUUGAUCCAGGCUGUUAGAGUCAGGCUGAAUGUGGACCGAGGUGUGUCUGCUGGAGCCUCAGUGGUGGAGCCAUCA